GAUAGGCACAGCUAUGAGCAAUCGCGAUUCGCGUUAUAUAUACUGCGAAUAAUAGACGAAAAUACAACGCUAUAAAGGUUGACGUUUGAUUCGCCGACGCUUACGGCUAGACAAGUCAACGGUUGGUCAAUCGUAUUUUUUUUUACCAUAUAAUCCAUUUCAUUUCGUAGCAGAGUUUCGAGAAUUAAAAUCGCUGUUUUCAUUCGCGCAUAUCAGUGAUAAUUCUGCUAAUCUCCUCGGUCGUCCGAAACACAAAAUGUAAUUCAACGAGACUGACUCGAAGUAUUUGAGUGUCUUUUUUUUGUAUUUCUAAGACGUUGCAUUUAAAUUUGUCUUGAAGAUUCUGCACAAGAGCGUCAAAGUUCUGGUAUUAUUUUAUUUCAAUCAACAAGUUCGCCAUAACCUCGAUCAUAAUUUUUAGCCUGUGAAAAGACUACGACUUGAUUUAUCAAAAUGGGUUGCACUGCUAGUCAUCACAGUGAUAAAGCUGCAGUUGAAAGAUCGAAAAAAAUUGACAAGAGUCUGAGAGCUGAUGGGGAAAGAAUUGCAAGCGAAGUCAAAUUACUUUUGUUGGGUGCAGGAGAAUCUGGAAAAUCAACUAUUGUGAAACAAAUGAAAAUAAUCCAUGAGACAGGAUAUAGCCAUGAAGAAUGUGAGCAAUUCAAACCGGUUGUUUACAGCAACACAAUUCAGAGUUUGAUGACUAUUAUAAGAGCAAUGGAGCAACUAAAAAUUGAUUUUGCCGAUCCCAGUAAAGUUAAUAUUGCUAGACAGUUCUUUACAAUUGCUUCAUCUACAGAAGAAGGAGAACUGAAUUUAGAAUUGGCAAAAUUAAUGAAAAGUCUAUGGACAGAUGCUGGUGUCCAGUUGUGUCUAUCCCGCAGUCGUGAAUAUUUAUUAAAUGAUUCAGCUGCUUAUUAUUUGAAUGCAUUAGAUCGAAUUUCUCAACCGAAUUACAUUCCAACGCAACAAGAUGUACUGAAAACAAGAAUUAAGACCACAGGAAUUGUUGAAACAAGAUUUUCUUUCAAAGGCUUGAAUUUCAAAAUGUUUGAUGUGGGUGGCCAGAGGUCAGAAAGAAAAAAAUGGAUUCAUUGCUUUGAAGAUGUAACUGCCAUAAUAUUUUGUGUUGCUCUUAGCGAAUAUGAUUUAGUUCUUGCUGAAGAUGAAGAAAUGAACAGAAUGGUUGAAUCAAUGAAAUUAUUUGAUUCUAUUUGCAACAGCAAGUGGUUUGUAGAUACUUCUAUAAUUCUCUUUCUUAAUAAGAAAGAUUUGUUUGCUGAUAAAAUAACCAAGAGUCCAUUGACAAUCUGUUUUCCUGAGUAUUCUGGAUCAAAUACUUUUGAAGAAUGUGCUUCUUAUAUACAAAUGAAAUUUGAAAACUUGAACAAGCGCAAAGAACAAAAACAAAUGUAUUCUCAUUUUACUUGUGCUACUGAUACAAAUAAUAUUCAAUUUGUUUUUGAUGCUGUUACAGAUGUAAUCAUCCAAACUAAUUUAAGUAACUGUGGUUUACUAAGCUAAUUAAUAUGACGAAUUAGCAUCAGCUGAUUAAAAAUGUUGUAUUUUUAUACAAUACUACUUUUAAAUAUUCAAUUUGAAAAAGCUAAAAUAUUAUUUAACUUUUAAAAUUAUAUGUUAAUAAUAACAGCAAUCAAAUUUAAAAAAUAGUUUGAAACUAGUGAUUGCACAUAAAUGAGUUAAUUUUUUAAAAUUAUAUUGUAUAGUAUAUUUUUGAUAAUGAAUGUUCAUGUGAAAAAACAAAAUUAACCAUUUAUUUGACUAAAUGGGAACUCAAUAGAACAUAAUACUUUCAUGACAGAGAUACUUCAUUCAUUUGAAGUUUUUAAUUUAUAGAAAUCUUUACAUUAUACUAUAAGCAUUUUGAAUUUAUAUUUUUCCAAUAAAAAGGAUAUAAAAUUUUAUUCAUAAUACUUUUUAUACAAUUAUUUUUGUAAUUGAUAGUUGUAUACAAAAUAAUAAGUCUGGCUUUAUAUUAUGUUCAAGCAAUAAUAUACAGUGCAAAAAUUGAAAUUACUCAUAAUGAAAUUAGGA